AAAUCACGUUUCCCAUGCGUUUUUUAGAACGGCUUUUUGAAUUUGUGUUAAACGCGGAUCGCGGGUAUAUCCCCGCGAUCCGCGUUUUAGCUCCACAUUUUACCUUCGGCUACCCUCAACCCCGCAGCCGCCCUUGCAUUCGGUCCUCCACGGGUAUAUCGCAAGCUCGAUCUCGCCUCCGUCGCUCCUCCACAGGUAACAAAACAAUCGCGUUCUUUCCCCUAUUUCGCCGAGAGAUCUGAGAUUGGGAAGAAAUUUCAGUAGAUCCAGUUUCACAACACUCGCAAUCUUGCCUCCCUUCCGGAUUCUGGUUUUUCUUGCUCGUUCUCUCGGUUAUGUUGGUCGAUUUCGCGGUGUUCUUGGUCGAUCUUAGAUUUUGUGGGUUGCUUGAUACUCUUGCUGAUUUGCUCGACAUUCCUGUUGGUUGCUCGACAGCUUGCCUUUUGUUUAAAAAAAAUUUCUGCUCGGGUUUGCUCGUUAUUCUUCUCUUAUGCUCAAAGAUGUUGCUUCGUUGCACUCCUUCUUUAUGGUUUGUUUACACUUUAGCUUUGCUUGAUGUUAGAAAGUGGUGAGCACAGUGUAGGUUGGAGGUAAUGCAACUGCUAAUCUAUUGCAGAAAUCUUGAGGUUGCUCUUUUUUAGUUGAAAGAAUUGUUUUAUGAUCUUUUGAUCAGUUAGGAUUGGUAAAUCCUACUUGUUUCUUGUCGUGCGAAGUGCUGAGUUAGCUAAACCUAGAUCUACUGUGAUAAAAAUAUAGUCCCGCUGUUUCUGUGAUAUGUUUGAAGCAGCAAGGCAGUACCCUUCUUCAUUCUUCCUCCAACCCUCUCUUCGAGCAGUGCAUAUUCACAGCAUACGGUUUGUUUUUACCGUUUUAUGUUCAUACGGACUCCAUGCUAUACAAAGUUAGUGAUUCUUUUGGGUUAUUUGUUGAGGAUUGAUGAUAUUGAUGCAAUGUUUUCUCCCUGUCAUUUCAUUCUUUGAGGGUAUUUGUUCAGGGUGGUUUUAAAGAAAGCUCUAGAUGCAUUGGAAUAUGUUGUUCAUAUCCGGUACUAUGCAUGCCUUCAUGGUCUUCAAUUUACUGAAUUGAUUUCUCUUAUCAUACUUAGAUCGAGAUUAGUUGUACUUAAGCAUGAGGCGAUGAUGGAGUUCACAACAUGCAACCAUGAAAAGGCUGUAGAUUGAUAUACAAAUACAGCAAGGAAAAAAAAUAACAUUUUGGAUCUCAAUUGGAUGGUUCUAUGAGAAUGAAAUCCAUUUCCAUCCUUGCAAUCUUUUUUUCUUGAAAAUUUAAUUUAUUUUUCUUACAUAUUAGCUGCCAAUUAUCAUUACUUCAAUCGAAGUAGCGAGCAAUGUGUUGUUCAUAGCCGGUAAUAUCUACUAAUUUGGUAUUUCAUUGUUGGUAAAUGUAUUUGGUAUUUGAUUCUUGGUAAAUGUAUUACAUGCUAAUUUUGAGUAUCUCUGACGUAAGGCUAAUUUAUCUCUAUUGAUGCCACAAUAGAAGCAUGCAAGUAGAAGGUAGACAGUGAUGCAAAAUUAACCUUAUGUUGAAUAUUGAUUUGUAUUUUAGAAUUAUAGCUUCCACGUUAUGUUUAUGCAAAUACUUUGCACUGGUUGCAUGAAUAUUCUAUUACCAUGUUUACUACAGUGGAGGUGUUACUAUUAUGUAACUCAGUUUGUUUGGCUUCGCUGACACCCCUGUAUUUAAAUUUGCUCUGGUUAAAUGAUAUGACAGUAACAGAUGAGUAAAUCUAAAGACUCUGGUUCAUCCGCUAUGUGGGAUAGAGAGGCUACGAAUAUUUUUUGUAACCUAUGCGUGAGGGAAGUCGAAUUGGGAAAUCGGCCCACAACUUUUUUUAAUAAAGAAGGUUGGCAUAAUAUCACUAGUAAAUUCAAAGAAAUAACAGGAAGAGAUUAUGAUAGGAUGAAACUAAAGAACAAAUGGGAUCAAUUAAAGAAGAAGUGGAAGCUUUGGAAGGAGCUUAAAAGGGGAUCAACUGGAUUGGGAUGGGAUCCGGUCAAACGGACAAUUGAUGCACCUGAGGAAUGGUGGGCAGAAAAAUUAGCGGUUGUGCCCGUGGCAAAAAAAUUCAAAUUUAAUGGAAUUGAACCAGCCUUGGAGGAGAAAUUGGAUGGCAUGUUUACUGGUGUUGUAGCAACAGGAACUCAUUUUUCCACCCCUAAUGAGCAGGGUGUUGCAAACCUAGCUGAGGAUAUAGAGACCGAGCAUAUAGGUGAUUCAGGAGAAGGUCCCAGCCAAACCCACACGGAUAUCCAAUCCACUGGCGGAACAAAGCGCCCCCGUCCUGUAAAAAAUAAAAAAGGCAUUGCAUUUGUUAAAGGUUCUAUUGAGACAUUGCUUGAAAUUUCAAAAAAUACUUCAAAAACUUCGAAGGACAGCACAAUCCAUGAGUGUGUUAAAAUCCUUAACACAUAUCCUGGCAUUAAGGAAGACCAAGAUAUGUAUGUUAAGUACGUGAAGUUGCUUGGGAACUCUACCCGGAGGCAGUUCUUUGAGACUUUAGACCCAGAAUUUCGCCUUCCUU